AUGCAGACGCAGAUAAUCAUGCCUCCACGGAGAGCAGUCAGAGGUCGUCUAGCUAGGAGAAAUGUUGAAGAGCAAUACACUACUGAGGAUCUAGAAAACUUCAUUGAGGAACUGAAAAAGGUAUUCGACGUGAUGCAUGUUGCUGAUACUGAGAGAGUUGAGCUAGCUGCAUACCAGAUAAAGAAUGUUGCUAGGACCUGGUUUGAUCAGUGGAAAGGGGAAUCUCUAAGUGUUCAUAAAUAUGGGUUAAAGUUCACCCAACUAUCCCGUUAUGCUCCAGAGAUGGUUAACGACAUGAGAAGUAGAAUGAGCUUAUUCGUUGCUGGGUUGGCCCGUCUAUCAAGAAAAGAGGGCCAGACAAUAAUGCUUAUUGGGGACAUGGACAUUUCGAGAUUGAUGGUCUAUGUUCAGCAGGUAGAGGAAAAGAAGCUUAAAGAUAGAGAGGAGUUCAAGAAUAAGAAAGUAAAGACAUGA